GAGAGAGGGAGAGACAACUUUCAAGUGAGGCAGGAGCGAGCUGGAAAGCCCUGUCUCCUCCCACCCACCUACCCUGUCUUCCUCCCACCCACCUACCCCUCCUCCUUUACCCCUCUCCUUUCCCCACCCCUUCCCCCCCCUCCAAAAAAGAAAAAAAAAAAAAGAAAAAAAAAAGGAAAAAAAAAAAAAGAAAAAAACCUUUCCCAUCAGAGAAAGAGGGAGAUCUCUUUGGAAACAUGGAGCUGCUGUGCUGCGAGGUGGACCCCAUGAGGAGAGCUCUGCCCGACCCGAACUUGCUCUACGAUGACCGCGUUUUGCACAACUUACUAACCAUAGAGGAGAGGUAUCUGCCCCAGUGCUCCUACUUCAAGUGCGUCCAGAAGGACAUCCAGCCCUUCAUGAGGAGGAUGGUGGCCACUUGGAUGCUGGAGGUCUGCGAAGAGCAGAAGUGCGAAGAAGAAGUUUUCCCUCUGGCCAUGAAUUACUUGGACAGAUUCUUAGCUGUGGUGCCCACUCGGAAGUGCCAUCUGCAGCUGCUGGGGGCAGUGUGCAUGUUCCUGGCCUCCAAGCUGAAAGAGACAAUCCCCCUCACAGCCGAGAAGCUGUGCAUAUACACGGACAAUUCCAUCAAACCCCAAGAGCUGCUGGAAUGGGAGCUGGUGGUGCUAGGGAAGUUGAAGUGGAACCUUGCAGCCGUCACCCCUCAUGAUUUCAUCGAACACAUCCUAAGGAAGGUGCCUCUCCCUAAAGACAAGUUGCUUUUGAUCCGGAAGCAUGCGCAGACCUUCAUUGCCCUUUGUGCAACAGAUUUUAACUUUGCCAUGUACCCACCAUCAAUGAUAGCAACUGGAAGUGUGGGAGCAGCCAUCUGUGGCCUUCAGCUCGAUGAUGGGGAGAGCCUCACGGACCUCCUGGCCAAGAUCACAAACACAGAUGUGGACUGCCUUAAAGCUUGUCAGGAACAGAUCGAAGCGGUGCUAGUAAACAGCCUUCGGCAAGUCCGGCAGCAGCAGCAGCAAAGCAAUCCUUCCAAGACGGUGGAUGAACUGGACCAGGCCAGCACUCCCACAGAUGUGAGGGAUAUCAACCUGUGAGGACAUCACCACACAAAGUCACGCUUGCUCCUCCCAGCCCAGUUUAUUUUUGUUAUUAUUUUUAGAGUGAAUUUUUUUUUUUUUAAUCUGCUCCCACAUAGAGCAUAUUUAAACCUCUUUUAGGCAAAAAAAAACCAAACAAACAAAGAAACAACGACAACAAAAAAAAGACAAAACAAAAACUGAAUAAUGAAAAAAAAGCAUUUGGUGCCUGUGAUGUUCUACAGAAGGGAAUCCCACAAUAUAUUUGGUAAUUGCUAUUUGAUUAUGUAUCAGUGAUAUUAAAUGCUUAUAAAAGCAUACAAAGUAGCUAGAUCAAUGUAAGCCUGCAUUUGUGGGAAGAAAGUAGAGUAUACUUGUCUGUGUAUUAUGACCUAGUGCAUACACCCCUUUUUUAGAUUUAAGAAAGGAAUCGUGUGUGCGAUUUUAUGGCUUGACUAGAUUGCAAAGCAAUAGAAUAAGGGGUUUAGGGCAAAGUGGGAAAAGAUCCCCAAAGCAAUUGAACCAUUUUGAAUGCAGAAGAGAUUUGCUGAUCUGUCACCUCUGUUAUUAGUCAGAAGUGUUUGUUGGAUCUCUGUAUGUUAGUUUUGUUUACUCUUGCUGUCUGUGGUAGCUGCUACCUAAGAAAGAAGAUGCUUUAUUUUACCAGCCAGAAGAGCAGGUGUUUUUUGGUUUUUAUUUUUAGUUGAUUUAUUUUUCUUUUUUCUUUUUUUUCUCGACUUCCCCUCUCCCUUCUUGACUUUUUUCUACUUCUCCUUCAGAAAUGGUUCAUUCUAAACACAGCAGCGUCUUUGGCAUAAGGGCAAUUCUGUUUACCCAGCUGUGGGCCAAGCCAAAGUUACCGAGUGUCGAUGUUCAGUGGGGGAAAUGCAUGAAUUAAUCCCAAGAGGUUGGCUCUAAUUAGACCACCUCCAGCCUUUGGAUUGCAAGAUGUGGUGGAUCAUCUAUGAAAAGCAUUAUAUUCCUUUCCAGUGCUAAUACUUCACAUCAAUGUUAACUUCUGGCAGCUUCUUAGCUUGGCCAUCAAGACAUUUAAAUGAUGCUCUGUCCAUCUUCCUUUUUGACAUAAACCUCACUGUGUUAAAGAAGAUGAGAUUUGGUUUGAUCCCUCAUCUACCUUCCCAUCUUCCCCCACCACCCCCGCACACUUUUUCAGCAUUUCAUUAACUUUAUUGAUCCACAGUGAGCAUUUUUUGUAAACCAUUUCAUUCGAAAAGCACUUUGAAAAUUGUUCCUAAGGGAUUAAAUGAGAUGGUUUAUGACAAUUCUGCCGAGGAGGAAAAAAAAAAACAGAAAAAAAAAGAAAAAAAAGGAAAAAAAAGAGAAAGAAGACACAAAAACAAGGCCUAUAGCUUUUUAUAGUCAAUAUUUUCCAGUAUUUGGUGUACUUGGUUAGUUGAGGUGUUGCUGGAAAUACCAAUACCCACUUCAGAUGACAUUCCUGUCAUGACAUUCCGGAAAAAAGCCUGACCAUCUGUAUUGUUCAGUGUCACAGAAGGAUCUUAAUAACCACCUUCAUGCUCAUCUGUGGACAAGGCAAGAACAUUCCUGGUGCAACAGACAUGAUGGGAAACAUCGAGGUGUGUGACUUGGAGUUUUAUUACAAAGGUGUAUUCAGUGUACUUGAAUUUAUUUUCCUGCUCCACCUGUAACAAAGAGGCAUUUAGAUGGCAAAAGGAGUUGGAGCAACCUGUUUUUUUUUUUUUUUUUUUUGCACAAAUGUAUUAACAGUUUGCAGAUAUCCAAUAUGAAGCUGUUGGUUUGAAAUGUUAAUGUUUGCAUUUUUAAGAAAAAAAUCCAGAAAGAACAUGCUACUUCGAAGAAAAUUAUAUGUAUGGACUUAGCCAUAUUUGGCUAGAUGAGGGUAGAAAAAUGGAGUAAGAUUCUAAGGUUUUGUUGGGAUUUUUUUGGUUUUGGGGGGUUUUUUGGUUUUGUUUUGUUUUUUUUUUGCGCUGCUAAGAAGCUAUGAUUUGUUUCAUUCUUAUUCACAUUAACAGUACUUAGCUGUAUUGUUUCACUGAGUGUGCUGCUAUUUUAUAAACAUUUUUAUAAUAUAUUAUUUUACUGCUUAAAUUUCAAAUCCUGAAGUAGAUGGUUAAGUGGAGAUAUGAUGAGUUCUUUUGAUUUACUGGAAAUGCCCUGUACAGUCGUUUUUUUUUUUCCUAAUAGCGUGUUCAUGAUUAUUUUUUUUUAUUUUAUUUUUUCCUUCUUUCUUUUUUUUUUUUCUUUUCCCUUUCCUUCCUUAUCACAUCCUGCAAAGACGGUAUACUUACCUCAGGUUUGCUGGACAAAACAAAUGGUUCCCAUUUUCACAAUACCUCACACAGUGACAGUUCGGUUUCGCCCCGGGGCCCGCGCUCUGUCCGCACUGGAGAGGGGUUGCAAGCAGCCAAGGCGGGGCACUGGCUCCUUUUUUAUCUUUGGUAUUCUUGUCAUAGUGGAAAAAAUGCAUUGACUCUCCACUGGCUGGUCCAUCUUUCCCAAAGUCACAGGUGGGCACAGCCUUGUCCUCACCUCCUGCCUUGAUGUUCCGCGCUGGGAGCGCCUGGAGUUCAGCGACAGUGUCUCUCCUGGAGGAAAAAAAUAGUUAAUGUUGUUGAAGCCAGACUCCACGCAGCUCGUAUGGGACAGAUCACACCAUUCCCAGACAGCAAAUGUGGUUGCAUGUGCCAGAGGGUCCCAGAUGGUGGGAUGGCCUCUCUGUCAUGGCAUGAGCGCUGGCACCAUGCUCAUCAUGUUUGUAUGGUUUGCUCCCCUCUGUGCUGGAGGUCAAGUGUUGGCAGCACUAAUAUUUAGGGUGCCUGCCCCUGCUCUUUGUCUCCUGCAUGCCCUGGUCCCGUGGGAUCCCAGGGGUGAUCCCUGCAGGAUCACACCCCAAGAAAGGGGCUGAGGGCCACCGCCGAGGUCAGAUCCGGUUGUGCUGGAAGGAGCAGCACCGUUCAGCAUUCCCAGUCCCUGACAGGGACCUGGAAGGCCUGUGCUGGCCCCAGUCCCUCACAGGGACCACCUGGUUACUGUAUGUUUAAAGUCUGGAAAACCUAGAACUUGAGUGUUUUCAGAGUAGCUUCCAAAAUAAAAUUACUGUCUAGUGCUCUCUUCUAACAGAUGUUAAAGGGAGUGCCCUGUUAUUGCAAAUGAGGUGUGAGCGUCCCCCUCCCCCCGAAUUGCAGAAAUCCUAAACCUUCCAAUGGAUUGAUUAAAAAAAAAUAAGGUGGUGCGGAUUAUGCCUUCCCAGGUGCCAAAGGAUUGGCAGAAUUGCUAAAAGCAUUUCUCUCUCAGCUUCCUAUUGAUGGUACUUUGUGAUGAUUUUCCCCUCCCUCCCGUUCCUGUAGUGUAGGAGCACCUCAUAGUGUAUUUAUUUGUAUUUCCAACAUGCUUGUGAAAGAGAAGAAUGAUUAAUCCCAUGUCAAUGUCGAUGAUUUGUGCUUGAGUCAUCGGAUGGCUCUUCAUUACUCAGCAAGCCACCUGGCCACUGGAUUUUUUCCACUAUGUUUAUUACCAUGUUCUCAUGUACCUCAGAAAUCAGUCUCGGUUGCACAGUUUCUGUUCUCAAACUUCUUUGGGUUUUUUUUUGGUUUGUUGUUUUUUUUUUUUUUUUUUGGCUUUAUUGAGUGUGAUGCCAUAUCAAGUCAAUGUUAUUCUCUCACAAAUGUGCUCUUUAAGAGGUGUGGAUGUUUAUGUGGUCAGGGGAUGCUAGAAAGUGUGGUAGUAGACAUCAGGGUAAACAAAAAGUAUUUAGAAAGUACACAAGGUUGUUUUCAAUGGAUAAGACUCUGAUACGGUGUAGUCUUGAUUACCUUUUAAAAGGUCUUUGUUCAGUGUUGUCAUUUUUAUUAAUAACCUGUUGUUUUGACUAGUUUAAAGAUGGUUCUAAGACAAGUGUUUUGGCGGGAUUAGGUAUGCUGUAUGGACAAUAAACUCACCUUGACCUACA